ACUUUUUUUUUUUGUCCUUGGCCACUUUGGCUCAAGGCUACUCUAGGCCAGGUGUUCCCAUAAACGGGCCAUCCGUUGUUGCAUUGCGGGGCAGUUCUUCCAAUUAGAAGAUGAGCAGCAGGUUCCUUUCCGCAGCUCUGAACCAUUUGGGAUACUUCGGGUUUGCCCGCCUGGUUGCUACGGCAACCUGCAAAGUGCCCUCUGCCCCCGAGCCACCCAGCAGGUUUGCCGAUGAUGUCUGGGCAAGUGAGUUACCAUCAGACCUCGCGGGCAAAGUGUACGCCAUUACCGGGGCGUCUAAUGGGAUGGGCAAGUACUUGGCAGAGAUGCUGGCGAGUCGCGGAGCUACCGUCAUAAUGCUCAACCGUAAGUCAGCGCAUUCUGUAAAGGCGUUUGAGGAGGUGAAGGUGGCCGCCAAGAAGGCAGAGUGUGUGCACCUUGUCGAAUGUGACCUGUGCGAUUUCGCCUCAGUUCGCAGUGCAGCCGCAGCCGUCAGAUCGAUCUCGUCGGAGCUGGACGGCCUCGUCUGCAACGCAGGCUUGAUGGCGCAGGCCGACAAGCGAACCGUCGAUGGCUACGAUGUGCAGAUUCAGGCCAAUCACCUCUCCCACUUCCUCCUCACCUCUCUGCUCCUGAAGGACCUUGCCGCUACGGGGAAGAAGAGGGGCGAGGCCGCACGCGUCGUGCAGCACAGCUCCGGUGCCCGGAGCUCACCGGACGUGCCGAUCUCGCCCGAUUGCUUCGAGAAAGAGUGGGAGUCCAUCACCGACGACAAGGGACAGCAAGGCAACCCUCGCAAAGGCGACGUCAGCUUCAUGGCCAAGUGGCGCCGCUAUCAGCAGAGCAAGAGCCUCAACCUCGGUUUCACCUACGCGCUGGCAGACUAUAUCGUAAAGCAGGGUUUGCAGGGGGACGUCAUCGCAACGUGUGCACAUCCCGGCGCGACGAACUCGGGCCUGCAGUCCCGCACAGAGGGCGGAUGUUUCAUGGACAACCUUAUCAACGGUAUCGCAGCAUGCGUUGGACAUUCCACAGCCGAUGGCUGCCUGGGGCUAGCGUUAGCCACUUUGAAGCCGGGCGCACAGAAUGGUGCAUUCUAUGGACCAGCAGGAAUGAUUGGCAACGCGGUCUUGAUGCAAUGUGAGCGUGACAGGUACAGCGAGCAGCUCGACCUCAUUUGGAGUGGAAGCGUCCGUGCAACUGGUGCUGUCUUCGACUGAGGACCAUUGCAAUCUCAUAACUUUUUGCCCGAGAGGCUUUCUCUCGCUCUCAGAGAUUCAUGAUUAGGUCGUGAUUGCACAUGGCGUUGCUGCCCAUUUUCCCGAACCAUGGUUCCGAGCGUGGGCUCACCGGCAACAGGUUAGCCUUCGCGCGCUGUUCCAGGUUUGCUUGGCGUCUCGCCCUUGUGCAUUCAUGUUGGCACCCCCAUCGGCACCCUAUGAGACAACACCCUCCAUCCCUGAUCGUGCCCCACAUCGUGACUGGAUUGUUGUUUAGGGUCUUCUGCCACAAGGACGUCGCAAUUGCUUGUCAUCCUGUGCCUGCCUGCUGGCUCUUGUGGGUUGGACUCCCCUGAGCGCUGAGCUCUGCACGGCAAUUUUGCUUGGAGCUUUAGAGUAUAGUUACUUCUAUGGCAUGCUGCACUACGAUGUUGUCUGCAUGUAUCGUCCGACGCAGUGUGUCCUCUGGCCGCUUCACAUGCAGAA